GUGGAGAGGGGCUUGAUAGGAUGCAUUAUGAUGAUCCGAUAUGAAUAAGGAUGCAAAUUCUUCCCGUACUGUUUCCAUAUCGGUAAAAUGAAAAGGCCGGCUUCUGCGGAAGGAUGCCCGAGCUGUUGGCACCUCUGGUUGCGGGGAAGGCUUUCCUGCAAACACUGGACGUGUUCUAUUGUCUGUUGUCGUACUAAUGCAGUACAAUUGCAGUGCUUUGGAGUCUGUCGAUGUAAAUCUACUGUUAUCUCUAGCCGGCCAAUAAAUACAGAGCUGGCAUUGUGAGGGGUGUCAGUUUAAUUGGGAUCAAGCGAUGGGAAAUGCAGAACUUUUGGCAGUUGCUGAAAAGAUGCGCUCCACCUCUGCAUUUCAUUUGUGGAUUGUUGUGAGACUGGAUUGAUAAAGCCUCCGCACAAAUAGAUUCUAAAUUUCGAACUUUUUAUCCAUGAAAUUCUAGUUGCUUCUGGCCAAAAAGGCAGUAUUUCAUAUUUUGUGUGUCCGUUUGUCCGCAUCUGUGUAUGUUGGUAAUUGUGUUGGUGUGUUUGUGUCGGUGUGGGUUGCAAGUGUGUGUGUCUGUGUUUUUGCGUGAGUGGUUGUGUUUCUAUGUUUGUUCUUUCGUUUGUGUGUGUGUGUGCAUGCGUUUAUGUGUGGGUUUUAUGUUUUUGUGUGUGGGUUUCAUGCAUGUGUGUGUGUUUGUGUUCCUUAACGUGUGUGAAUGUGUUACUGUGUAAAUGUGUGUGUGUGUGUUCUUUAACAUAUUAUGUGUGUUUGUGUGUAUGUGUUACUGUGUAAAUGUGUGUGUGUGUUCUUUAACAUAUAUUAUUGUGUGUAUGUGUGUGUGUGUGUGUGUUCUUUAACAUAUAUUGUGUGUGUGUGUGUGUGUGUAUGUGUGCGCGUGUGUGUGUGUGUGUGUGUGUGUGUGUGUAUGUGUGCGCGUGUGUGUGUGUGUGUGUGUGUGUGUAUGUGUGUGUGUGUGUGUGUGUGUGUGUGUGUGCCUAUGCUGUACCAGGGUCUGCUGUCGGAGAUCCUUCGCAAGGAGGAGGACCCCAAGCAUGCGUCGCAGUCCCUGCUGGUCAACCUCCGCGCCAUGCACAGCUUCCUGCAGCUGGCCGAGAGCGAGCGGGAGCGCUUCUACCAGGAGGAGAAGGAGCGGAGCCUGUCGGGCGUCCCGCCCAGCUGCGGCAACACCCCGCCGAGACCCACUCAGUCUAGGAAAGAGGAUGUUACCUGUGUCAAGACUGAAGAUUGGCCCUCCCGACUUCCACUAGCCAUGGCUUCAGCCAGGCUGUCCCCACUGGCAGCAGACCGGGGACAGCAGGCGGGCGAUGGCUCUGGCCUGGACAUCAGCAUGUCCAUCUACGAGGAGAUCCAGAGGGAGAUGAAGAGGGCAAAGGUGUCUCAGACCAUGUUCGCCAAGGUGGCCGCAUCCAAGAGCCAGGGGUGGCUGUGUGAGCUGCUGCGCUGGAAGGAGGAGCCCAACCCGGAGAACCGCACGCUGUGGGAGAACCUGUGCAUGAUCCGCCGCUUCCUCGGCCUGGCGCAGGCCGAGCGGGACGCCAUCUACGAGCACGAGAGCAGCAGCAGCAGCGCCACCGCGGCCCAGCAGCACUGCACCAUGGACCGGCUGGGGCCGGUCGCCGGGGACAACGCGCUGUACCAGUGCCAGUCCCCGCUGCCCCAUCAGCACCACGCGCAUCAGCUGACCUCCCAGGCGCACCAGCCCUUCCACCCGGAGGCGGGACCUCAUCUGUCGCCACGGCAAUCGUCCACCGCAUCGCCCGCCGAGUCAUCCGAGGGGGGCUGGGCUCACCCGGGCGUGUGGAUGCAGGGCAGGGGGCGGAACGGCGACAGACGCGACGCCAAGGACUGGGGCGAGGGCGAGAGCGGGAAGGGCUGGGGCGGGGGCACGUGUCCGCCCGUUGAGCUGGGCCUGGAACUCUGUGGGCAGACGCACGAAGGGGGCCCCGUCGACAAAGCCUCCCACCUGGUCAACGGGGCCUGCAAGAAGGGCUGGAGCCAGGGCAGGCUGUCGUCACUCCCCCAUUGGGGCGGUCUGAAGGGCGAGGGCGGAGCGCGUCCGGAGGGAGAUGACGAGGCGGUGGAGGCCCGGGGGGAGGGGUGCAGGGUGUCCCGGGAGGCCCUGGGCACCCUGCAGAGCUUCGUGCAGGACGUGGGCCUGCACCCCGACGAGGAGGCGCUGCACACGCUGUCGGCACAGCUGGACCUGCCCAAGCACGCCAUCCUCAGCUUCUUCAGCAGCCACGACCACAGGCCCCAGGGUCCGCACAACCUGCGCACGCACCGCCACAACCACCAGCGGCACCAGCCGGAGCACGAGCAGCCCCCCGAGGACCUCCACCUCGGCCUGGGCACCGGGUCAGAGCGGGCCCAGGCGGCCAGAACUGUGGAGGGGCCAGAGGAGCACGGCAGAGAAGGUGACCUGUACCAAGUGGUGAAGAAGGAGGACGGCAAGCUGGGACGGAUAAUAGAGACCGGGGGGAAGUACGGGAUGACCGCUUCUGAUGAGAUAAACAUAGGCACUCAAACUACUGGUAUUGUGAAGGAGGAACAACAGAACUAUAAUUAACGUGCGUAUAUACAAUGACUUGUGUCCUGUCGUUAUUGUAGGUUGUUCAUAGCCUAUUGAAACAAUACUUUUCUUUCAUGAUAGAGCACAACAUCCUUUCCCCGUGCAACACAAUCAUUGUUACCUGUGCACCAGUGUUAACGCUCUUCUUUUAAAAGGCAACUUCCUAAAAGACAUUAUGUUUCUGAGUUACAUUUUUUCCUGAUCCUAAAACACCUGAUCUCAACUUUAUAAUUGUUACAUCUUAAAUGAUGCAUAGUCGUGUUGUCUGUGUCUGUGUCUUUUUUAUUGCCUUGUAAACUAGAACAUAGUUUUCUCAGCAGUUUUAUUUAACUCUCAUGGAGAAUUUGCGGAUAGAAAAUCAUUACUAUUAAAGUACAAGAUAAUCAAAAGAUUUUUGAUUUACCCAAAAUAUUAUUUGUUGUUUUUGUUUUUAGAAAUAUUACAUUUCAGGUACAGGAGUUCAUGAGGUCAUUCAUCUCUCAUUUUGUUAAUUAAUAUACAGUGUUUUGAAAGAUUACACUUUGAAAGAAAGAUACUUUUCAAUGCUGUGCAUAAGACAUCAAUAUAUCAAACGAUAUCAGUUAAACAUAGGUCAGUUGCUGUGAAGCCAUCCAUAUAAAGUUCCGGCUGAAGCUGGAUCCAUUCCUGUA